AUGCUAGAGAAUCUGCCACUCGAGCUGCAAGCCUACAUCCUCGUCUUUCUGCCCGCCCAGACGCUGGUGCGAACCCUCUCCCUCACCAACCACCAUUUCCACGGUCUCGUCGAGGCACACGUCCAGCGCUACUGCCUGCGCUAUCUCGGGCUCGGCUGCCACUCGACGGACCCAGACGAAGCAGCAGUGUUGGAAUUCGAAGCGCAACGGCCAAUAGAUACGGUGACUGCCAAACACACGCUGCAAUUUUCGCACUUUGCUGCCGUGUCACCAUCGUCGUACAACGCCAAACUGGCGCCCCUGUCCUCGGCAGCGGUCUUCGAGUUCGCACAGGGAUCGAGCAGUCGCGUAGCCACGGAUGCAGACAGAUUGAGGGGUGCGAGGAGCUAUGGAAGAGGGAGGGGGAAUUCGGUCUCGGUGGGGCCGGAGAGGCCACGUGUAGCGACAGGGCCGUACGUGGCUACACCGUUCCAGCCGUUCCUGCCCGGUCUGCACGAGAACGAUCAGCAUCGUGUAGCGGCUCAGGCGUAUGUGUCAAGCUCGCUCGAUCUAGAGGAGCGCCUGCCGAGGAGACCGGGGCUGUCGCGCAAUCCAUCCUCGGCGUCUUUGCGACGUUCGAGGAGUCGGUCCAGUUCGACGGCUAGCACUUCGAGAGCCAGAGCCAUUGCAAACGAGAUCGCCAGUGCGCCGUUUCCGUUCCUGCGUCACAGCAUCGAAGCCGCCAAUCGGCACGCCAUGCAUCGCGCACCAAGCACCAGUACCGCCACACAUGCUCAGGGACAACACAUGGCGCAGACCCUGGAAGAGCCGCUCGACGCAUACGAUUGGGCAGGUCCUCCCGGCACGCGCGCCGCACCCACGGGACUGGCCUCAUCGCGCUUACCCGGUCGAGCUGCCGACAAGCCCGCCUGCUACGCGUUCCAGCUCGACCCGCUCGAUUCGUUCGAAAGCCUCAUCCUUACUCUGACGGCGAGAAGAAGUGUCCCAGACGCCAACGCCACCAUCGCUGCUAUGUUGCGCGGAGAAGACGCCGCAGGUCAUCGGCUGCGGUACUCAAAGACCCUGGCGGAAGGACUCGACCGCGUCUUUCGGGACUGGUUCAGGCCCAAAUGCUCCUCCACCUCAUCAUCCGGUCGCACCAGCGACCUUGAACCCGACGCGAAACUCUUGGAAUUCGACAACACCUCGUGCACCCUCUCGAUCCAACCACACGCCUCGCCGCUCGCUCAAGCCACCCACCCAGCACUCUCCUCCUCGUCGCACGACUACCUCUCCCGCCCAUCACUCUCGACCCAGUACGCGACCUUGGCCUCAAACGAACGCGUCGAACUCACGUUCCACUGCCGACACAUCACGAUCAAUGCUGCUCGCCUACUGGCGACGCUCGAGCGGCUGGAGCACGACGUACUGGCGAAUCAGGCAAGGAGCAGGGUGGCACUGUCAAGGUUGCCCAGGAUCGUUGCUACAGGUGGUAACGUCGCCGGUGGUUUUCGCGCACCGGCAUCAGCGGCACAGCCAAAUGCUGGCGGCACCUUUUGGAUCUCUCAACAGCCUCGUUCCGCAGCAUGA